CUAGUAACGUUGGGGGAAGCACGUUUGAAGCGUUCAAAGCGGGCUCGUGUAGCGUGUGCUGAGAUGGACGAAUCUGUAUUUCAAGACAGAGAUAAGUUUGACGAGGCAGUCGCCAAUUAUGCCAACGCGAUCAAAGGAAACCGAGACGAAUUUCUUCGCAUGCUAGAAAAUAUGGGGCAUGUUUUGACACACCAUGACUUCCAACGAAGGGCCGAUGGUGUGAGAUUUUUGACAACAGUGAUCUCUUUACUUCCGCAGAGGUUCAUGAAUACAUAUGAGACGGCAUUUGCUGUCCAAUUCUUUCUGAGGAAGCUCGACGACGACAACGUUGUAGUUAUGCAGGCUGCCUUGCGAGGUCUUCACGAGCUGAUGAUCAAUGAACAUGAGAUGGGUGAUGGUGAAAUCAAGGAGAUUGCUGAGGUCAUGCUCUUUCAAGUACCAAUUCUUGGGCUUCACCAAGCUGAACGUUACAUUGCUUACAGGAUGCUGGCUUACAUGCUGCGUAAUUAUCACUCAGCUCUGCAUAAUAUAGAUAGCGAAUUUGUCAAAUCUUGCAUUCAAGUCAUUGACUGUGAAACAGACCCACGAUGUCUCUUGCAAGUGUUUGCCAUAAUUAAUAUGAUGUGCAGAAACUUCAUUUUAGGUGAACUAGAAGAAUCGUUGUUUGAAGUAUGUGCGAACUAUUUUCCUAUUGACUUCAAUCCUCCUGCCAGGGAUGAAGUUGGGAUUAGCCGGGAAGAUCUGGUUGAAGCCUUGCUCUCAUGCAUGAUUGCUUCGGCUGGUUUUGGAAAGCACAGCAUACAACUGGCUUUAGAAAAGCUAGAUUCUGAUCUAGCUGUUGCGAAGUUGGACUCACUAAAACUUUUGAUCCGUGGAGCUGAUGUUUAUCCUGUCAUCUGUUUUAAGGAAAUGGCGGUGCUCAUAUGGAGACAGAUACGCAACUUGGUGUUUGUGAAUAGACAUGAAGAUAUCAUUCCCAGAGCUCUUGAUUGUCUUUCGAGUCUUUCAAGAGUCCUCUCGAACCAAGAAAAUACAUUGAGACCUUUCUUCAAGAUUAUUUGGAAAGACUUGCAACAAGGUGCAAUCCCUGGCAUGGGCAGAGUGUUGGAAGCAUUUAUAAAACCGUCUGCGGAAGCCUGCUCGGUUGCCCUCGUAGAAGCGCUGCCCAGUAUACUCCAGCUUCUGUCAGAAAAUGAAGGUCAUAGGCGAGUCCUGGUUCUUGAAAGUACAAGCAAUGUCCUGUCGCAUUAUGCAGUUCUAUGCAAUCACCAAGCAGCGACACAGGAGCUGAGCCAGUUGCUUGGCUUGCUGGCUGACUUGCUGUGCACUCUGCUGACUGGCGGCGAUGACGAACUGGCAUCACGGGCAGGUGUAGCACUUUGCAAUGCUCUUCGAAUUCCGGACUUCUUGACAGAGUCACAGCUGAACAUCAUAAAGGACCUAAUAAUUCAUGUGGCAACACAUGAGAACGCUCCUGCACUACGGAACGACCACGUUAUGCUGCUGGCUGCGGCUGCCUGCACAGCUCGUCUACCGGACAUCGUGUGGUGCAUCAUAAGAGAGGAAAUUGACAGAGGUUUGAACAGUGGCCAGCUGGAACGAAUCUUGGAAAUGAUCACUGCAUGUGCAGCAAGCCCACAGUCUCUGUCUAUGCUGCUACCUUACCUUGAAGACCGUUUUCUGUCUUCUAUUCGUGGCAUUGUGAUCUAUAACCGGAACCAUCUGGCAAAAUGCCUGAAAGGAAUAAUUGAUGUAGCAGAAUUGUAUGGAGUGAGUUUUGAUCACAAGUCAUUAUUGGAUAACACUGUGGUCGCCUGGAUGGAGACAGUGAAAAGUGGGCAUACAAAUGAGAAUUCUGAAAGCUUUACACAUGUUGCAGAGCUGUUGGAGAAACUUUCCAAGAAGUGCAGCAGCAGCGAUAUGCAGAAGAUCAUUGCCUACUGUGAAGAAGCAUGCAUAGACACGUCACUUGCCGACACUUCACUCCUUUUCCUGAGGUGUGUUGUGUGCCAUGCACGUCCAGAAGCCCUAUGUGCCACCAACUGGCACUUCAUGCAGCAGCUGAUCGAUGCCCAUUGCCAGCGUGGAGGUGAAAAUGUCCCACAGUGCUUAGCUGGUUAUGUGAACAAGUUGCCAGAUACGACUCUAGAGGAGACCUUGGGCUGCUUGUCGCUGCGCCUUGAGCCUGGAUGGACAGUUGCGAAGGCUGAACUGCUGUUGUGGGUGACCAAAGCACUUCUAUUGAGGGGGUACCCAGACCUCAUUCUCUGUACAACGUUGCUGAAAGAGCUUCUGAAAGAUGAAAACUUGGGGAGGCCUGUUGCUCAAGGCUUUAAACAAAUUCUGCAACCGUCGGUCCUGACAACGGAAGGACACUGCACUAUAACGCUGUUUCAUCCACAACGGUUUUUCGUGGAAACAGUGGGCUUUCUAAUUGACGGUUUCUACAGUGCCACAAGCGAAGCCGUGAAGAAUAAUUUUCUUAUGGGCCUUUGCUACCAGCUCGCAUAUGUUCCUAAUGCAGUGGUCAACGCAUGCAUUGAUCAGAUCCUACCAAUCUUGGUAACUGCCCUGAGCAGUGAAGAGGGAUCCAUAAUACAUGAGUGUGUGCUCCCCUGCCUUACGGAAAAUGUAGGGCUGAUGGCUUCCUGUCUUGGCUCAGUGUUGCCACAGCUGCUGCAGCUGGCAAAGUCAUCAUUUUCAAUGGAAGUCCGCCGGUCCGCUCUGGAAUGCUUGCUCAGACUGUCCAGCAUCGAGGAAGACAAGCUGCUGCCCCACCAAGAGAAGGUGGUGACAAGCCUGACGCAGUGCUUGGCAGAUCGCAAACGAAUUGUUCGUGAAGUGGCAGCUCAGGCAUCUUCCAUGUGGCAUAUGGUUGGAGAAUCAAGAGGCGUACAAAAUCCGAUGUUGCUGUAAGCACACAGAAGACAAAGGCCACUUUGUUUGCAUCACAUAUUUUAUGUAACUACAUUUUGUUUUAAAAAUGUGUUCACUUUUGAGACUUGCGAUGCAAACUUGAAUGCUAGGUGUGAGUUCAAAUAAAAAGUUUUUUUUAUGAGAUGCAAUGUAAAGCUUUAGCACAAGUUUUGCUAGAAAAUUGUCAUUUUUAGCUGGGAAGGCCACUUUGGUUGCAUAACAAAUUUCAUUUAACUACAGUUUUACAAAAUGUGUUCAGUUCUUAGACUUGUAAUUCAAGCUUGAAGUACAGGUGUGAUUUCAAAUUUAUGGGAGACAAUAAAACUUGUUUUGUUUAAAAAAAUGCUAUGUAAAGCUUUGGCACUAGUUUUUCUAGAAAAUAGUAAUUUUUGGCUGUAAAGAUGAAAAAAAAAGAUGGUAAUAGCAUACACACACACACACACACAUAUAAACACACACGCUGCUGUUGAAGUGCACAGGAUGUCAGUUUUAUCGGCACUAGCGUUAGUACACAGUUAUAAGACUAGAAAGUGUCCACGGCGGCAGUAUAAACAAAUGUUUUUGACACUUCAACUCAAUCAUGGCCAAUGGCAGAAGCAGCAGUACUUGGCAGGUUCUCAAUCACAGGCAUCUAUGGGCCCUUUUGCUACAAGAGCUUGCCACCAACUCUUGUCUUCUCCACAGAAAAAAAAAAUGUUGGUCAACAGCCAUGAACUAUUUCUUCCACUACAGAUGUCACACGGCAGAUGAAGCAUGAAUUGCAGACGCGCACCAGCUUGUAGUAACCAUAGCGAGGCAGUGUUAUUGAAUGGGCGCUGCACCGGGAACAGAAAAUCUGCACAGAAAAUGCACAGAACACUCUCAGUUGCUCCACCAAGCAGCAAAGAUGUAUGAAAGUGCACUCCUCUUUCCAUGCACAUUUUGACCCACCUACCUUUCCACACCUUCGGCAGUGAUGCCUGUGGUGCAGCAGUGUAAAGUUUGUAUUACAAUCCAUGCAGUUGGAUGUGAAUUCAUCUGGCAUUCGGACUGGGCUACCUGACGUGAAAGUUGCACUGCUUAUACCCGUCACAUCGUAACUACCAAACCCCCAUUACCUCUGUUCAGCAUUCAAAUUCCUAAUGGAGCUUUACAAGAAUAGACUUUUUCACAUCACAUGCAUGCUAGAAAAAUUAGGGCAGGAAAGUACACCGUGCAUGUGUGUCCGUCUCGCACGUGUUUAAGCAAACAAUACUGUACAACACUGGCCGGUGGCGGCUUGGAGAGUGUUCGUGUUCUUAGUUUCAGUUUCGGUUUUGACUCUUUAUGUGGCGCCUCGUGCAGCAGUGAUAUGUAUCAUGUGUAUAUAUGUGUAAAUAAAAGAGUUCGUGAUGAGCA